UGCGUUUCUCUCCGCUUUUCUCCUCUCUCUCUCUAUCUCCGUUCCUGCUCGCUCUGUAGGGGGAUUUGAAGCGGAACUCUGACAAAAAAAUAUUCUCUCUUUUGUCUCCUCUGCGAACAGGAAAAACAAGAAAAGCCGAAAUGGAACAAAACGAGACUGGAUGCCAAGCUCCUCAGGCUUCUAUUCUCUGCGUGAACAACUGUGGGUUCUUUGGCACAGCAACAACGAUGAACAUGUGCUCCAAGUGCUACAAGGACCUCGUUUUGAACCAAGAACAAACCAAGCUCGCUGCUUCUUCCAUUCAAAGUAUUGUGAAUGGGAGCAGCUCCAGUAAUAGUGAAAACGACUCAAAUGCUGCUGCUCUAACAGCCAAAGCACAUGCUGCCGCCACAUCAGACACCAUCGUGGCACCACCACAAACCACCACUGCCGCCGCUCCUCCGGCAAGUGAGGAAAGUCAAGAAGCAAAGGGGCCCACAAGGUGCGGCACAUGCAGAAAGCGCGUCGGUUUGACGGGCUUUAAUUGUCGGUGCGGUACAACUUUUUGUGCUAUUCAUCGAUAUUCGGACAAACACGAAUGCCCCUUCGACUAUCGGACUGCUGCUCAGGAAGCUAUAGCAAAGGCCAAUCCAGUUGUUAAAGCAGAAAAGAUCGACAAGAUAUGAAGAAAAAAAAAAGAUAUGCCUUUUCUUCGAAUAUGAAUGCAUUUGUUUUCAUGUAUGGUGCACCUCAAAUCUGUUUGGUGCAGAAGUAUAAUCUUAUGUGGUUGUUUAAGGUUUGCUUUGAUGGUUUGUGUUAAGGCUGUGUUAUUUGUAUCAGACUUCUGUAGUGGCUUUCUAGAUUUAGAAAUAAAUAUUUUUUUUAGUUCGUUAGGUCGAUUAUUAUGGUGUCGAAAACUUCGGUUCUUUUCAUGGGGUUAAAUUUGAAAGGAGGACCUAUAAUUUGAUAUGAAAGUAAUUUCUUUUG